UUUUUUUUGCUAUGGGGUUGCAAAUUUUAAAGAUGGACAGAGAAGGGGCUUGUGUAAUGUUAACGGAAGGUCACCAGAAAAGGUCAGUCCCCUCUGAGGACCCCCCCCCACCCAUACCUCGAAUGAAGUACACAGUCUUGUGCAUUUUGUAUGACUAAAAAGACAGACCUAGUCAAAUAAUAGCAUCAUCUCAGGAAUGUGUCAUCUGUUCAGCAACUAUUGGUCUUUCACGUGACAAGACACUUCAUAUUUGGAGCAGUACCGAGUUUGUUCCUGUUAGGUUAGAGAGCCACCCUGUGGCACAAAAUGGUAACAUUUUAAAGGCAUCGCUUUCAAGGUGCCUCGAGUACAGUACAUACUACACAUAGCAAGACAGAGAUGGUUGAAAUAAGAGAUCCUGGAUUCCUCUUUGGAGGUACACAAGUGCCAAAAAAAAACCCUUUAGCAACAGGCCCAGAUAGGUGCCACUCACAACCAGCUAUUCAUUCACCGUGCUGGAAGUCUGGGACCAAUUCAUUUGAAGCGAAAUAUCAAUCAGCUAUUAUUAAAGAAAAACAAACAAAAAAAAAAAGCAAGUUGACAGAUGAGCACUAUGUGGUCUAUAAUAGGUUGGAGAUGGUCGUCCAAUAGCGCAUGCAGUAGUUUCACAUUCAAAGGAUAUACUGGUUAAUCUUAUUGGCAUCCAUGUGCAUGUUGGAUAGAAUGAAAAGUUUCUUAUUAUAUGACAACAUUCCCCUUGACAGGGGAAUGAAUACUGACAAUGCCAAUGAAGAUUUUUUUUUCUUCCGUUAAAUACUCUUUAAUUUUAGAAUUAUCCCACGUGGAGUAAGCAAUCGUCGCAAUCAUAAAUGAAUGACAAGUUGCUUUCAAUUCAGACUUUGCAUUGUUAAUAUGCUUCAGGUAGGGGUUCCCACCCUUCAAGUCGGUGGGGGUGUUGCUCAGUUGUGGCUAUUUAAAGUCAUCAAACACAAGAACACCUGACAGUCAAGCAAUAAUCACUGGAAGGACGAGGCAAAAAUACAUGCGGACACAUUCUUCAUCAAAGAGCGCGUUGAUAGCAAAAGUGUGCUUUGGAUACCAAAGCAAACAAAGUGAGCGUAAACGCCUUCGAAAUCAAAUUGUUUUAUUUCAUUUAAAAAUCAGGACGCAUUAUCCACCUAAAGUAGUCAAUCUGGAGGGUGUUGAAUUUAUAUUCACCUUUGUUUGACGUUACCAUCUCUACGAGCCAUGCAACUGAGCCCCCAAAAAAUACUACAAAUAGAAAUAAACACCUGCUUUACAGUUAUGUGGUCUGUCACAUGCCAUCAAGAUUUACCACUCAUCCACACACGCUUUCAAGACCGGAGAGCGGCAACUGGAAGAAAUGUGAACCGAGCCACAUCAGUCACAUCCAUACAGGACCGUUUACUGUACGGUAAGCUGAAAUCAAUCCAGGCAUGCGUGGAACUUGAGGCACUCGGGACGCAAUGGCCAGUGUGCUUCCACGACGGAGAAAAGUUGCAAGACACGGCAUCAAAAUCAUUGCAUCUACUUGUUUCCCUCUUCAGUGACAAAAAAAUUUGAAAAAAGUGAAUUUCGAUACAUUUGAGUGCUGUGUGAAAAACAUGGAUCGCUGUCAUACUUUGGUGCAGAAGGAACUGGGCAGCCACAAAGGAGCUGCAGAGAGAAAAAGGAUCCCCAUGCAAGGUGUUGUUGUUUUGCCAAGCAAGGACCCAAUGACUUUGUGUUGACAGCGUUCAUGAUCCAACGGGUAGGUUUUUCACUGCCUCCCAACCCCCCCAUCGGCAUUACACCGUUCGUCUGUCAUCGACUUUACAUUUUUAGUGUUUCUUUGUGUUCAAAAUGGGAUGUUCACCUGGUAGCCGUCACCAGGAAGUCAACUAUAACUGGAACGAUCCUGUUCAGACAACAUCGUAAAAAUGAGGCAGCGCAGGAUUAUUCAUAGGUGUAGAUACAAUCACUUUAAGUAUUGCACUGAAUAAGGGUAGACAUGCACCAAAGGUCUUUCCAGCAAUCUCCCUGUUCCACUUCACUGAGUAAAGGAGGAAGAGGAUCAUCAAGAAAAAUGUUCUUUGUGGCCGGGGCCAAAAAUACAGCAUCGGGUGUCGGAAAUGAAAGGAGGUCAAUUUAUCAGAAAUUCCGGGAGGUUGAUUUACUGGACAAGAAAAAGACCGUGACUGCUCUCAAGCCGGGUGAAGAUCGAGCGAUUCUCCUGGGUCUUGGAAUGAUCCUUUCCUCCGUCAUGAUGUACUUUGUACUUGGGAUCACCAUCUUACGCUCAUAUGCUGAAAGUGCGUGGACGGAGGAAGGUGUGUGCGUUGUCCUCAACUCCACGGUCACGGCAGACAUGAACUGUUCCUACAACUGUGGCUCCGAUUGCUGGCGAGUCUCCAAAUACCCCUGUCUGCAGGUCUACGUCAGCGUCAACAACACAGGCCGCAUCAGUCGAUUAUCUCACAAUGAAGAGACGCAGGAUGCCAGCUCGGAAUGUUUCUAUGUGCCCAGGUGCCAGAAGGACCGUGCUCAAAUGCACACCAUCAUCAUGAACAUCUCCGAGCGUCUGAAGGCCAACCAGCAGGUUCCCUGCUACUUCGAUCCCAGCGAGCAGCAGGAGACGGUUCUCCUGACUCGGCUCUACGACCACAGAGUCGUCUUCCACUCGCUGAUGUGGCCUUCGUGCAUGUUCGUGGGAGGGGCCCUCAUAAUUGUGAUGGUCAAGCUCACACAGUACCUCUCCAGGUUGUGCGAAGAGAUCAGGAAGAUCAAGAUGUGAAGCACCUGACAUCAAACGCGAAAGAGGAGAUUUAACCAAAUGAGCAAUCUGGGAAAUGAUGCCUUUGGCUCAGGCAUUUUGGGGCAGCUGACUCUCCCAGGAUCGAGGAUGGGACCGAAAGAAGGUUGCGAAAGAGGAAAGUGUCAACUGUGGUUGUUAGAAGAAAACUGACUGAAAUGGAUUUUACAGAAGGUCAUAGCACUGCACAA